AUGACAUUCACCGAGGAGAAUCACGCCGGGAUGCUGCCGACUGACUCGUGGUGGACCGUGACCUACGCUAUCGCGCCGUCCAUUAACGCGAUCAACAUCACAUCUGACCUGCUGCAGAACCGAUCUCUGCUGCUGGCGCAUCAUGAGGCCCACAGCAUGGUGCUUGUCGGCACGAUCAAAUCCAUGUUCGAACUCAAACUCAUCGAUCAGGACGAUGCCGACGCGGAGGAGGACGACAAAUUUGUGCGGUUCAAGACAAUUCGUGUUCGGGCCGACCACCUCGUCACCCUGAUCGUGGACGAGGGAUCAAUGGCCUGCGAUUGCUUGCUGCGCUUAGAUGAUUCCGAGAAGGCUGUCGUCCUGAAGCAGAUCGUGGCCUAUGCGGAGACGCUGGUGAUCGACCUGCAAGCCGUGAGGGCAGAGCACGACGACAACAACUUGCCGCGGGAGCUCGUGUCGCCACCAGACAUCUACCAGGACGAGGAGGAUCAUCGCCAACUGGUCGCCGCAUACAAGAACGGUCCCAUCCUGCGCUGUGCCAUCGACGAGCACGACGUCAAGACAACCUUUGACGACGCCUGGGUCGUGGUCCCUGGAAAAUAUCUGCGACUGCGCACAUUUUGCGGUGGACUGGCGUCCGUCUUUACGAACAUGACUUCGGUCGAAUUAGAUUUUUUAAUUUCUGAAAUGGGAGGCGGACUCGAACAGGACGGACCUGAUUCAUCUUUCGCUUGA